UGCUCGUAAAGCAUUUUUCGUUUCAGAUUGUGGUGAAACUUUGUUKGGCUGUUAAACGCUUAUAAGUAAGUUUUCUCUCGAGGGUUUACAAUACGACUGUAUCAAGUACGGUCCGUGAACCACAUCUACGAGUCAGAGCAGCAAGAAAGGUUAGAUUCCGAGAACACAAACUUUAUUUUACGCCACGCCACGCCACGACGAUCGACAUCGUUUCAAGGUCCAAAACGCAACAARGAUAAAUUCUUGUUUCAGACUUUUGAAAGUGUCAUAUAAGUCUUAAAAAGAAUGGCUGGUCAACAACAACAACCACCAGACGUUGAAAUGAGAGACGACGAAGUAUCGCAAAGACAAAAGUUGAAAGAAAACCAAGUCCUCAACGAUGCAGGAGGUUACGUUUGGGCGGUCGAUAACAUGGUUAGACUCMAGCGAUUUAUCGUAAUGGGAACCGAAGGAGGAACUUUCUAUGCAACCCAAAAGGAUCUGRGMAUAGAKAAUGCAAAGGCCGUAUUGGCUUUGAUCGAAGAAGGCAAAGGAGUCGAAGCUGUUGGGGUCAUCAAGGAGUACAGUGUUGAAAACAGAGCUGCUAAACAAGACCCCUUGAUUUUUUGCCUUGCUCUCUGCGCGCGUUGUAAACAUGAAGAGACCAAGCGAGCAGCCUAUGAAGCCAUCACUAGUGUACUGMGAAUUCCAACACACCUUUUCCAGUUUGUUGAAGCCUGUGAAACAGUCAGCAAGCCCACAACAGGGUGGGGUAGGGCACACAGGAAAGCAAUCUGCAAGUGGUACAACAACAAGAAACCCAGAAGCCUUGCAACACUUGUGACCAAGUACAAACAGCGCAACAACUGGUCUCACCGUGACUUGUUUAGGCUUUGCCACAUCAAGCCUGARRAUAAAUCCACUGAAUUUAUUGUGAAGUAUGUUGUCAAAGGUCUAGAUGCCAUCAAAGACGAGGCAUGUGCAGCAGGGGUCAGUCAUGAUAUCUCAAAAAUGUAUGAAUUCCUCAGUGCUGUWGAAAAGGCAAAGACCAUGUCCGAAGAUGAGAUGGCUGCUGCCAUUAGGGAGCAUGGACUUGUCAGAGAACAUGUCCCAACCAAUCUUCUAAAAUCUCAAGAAGUAUGGCGUGCAUUAAUGGAAAAAAUGCCCAUGACAGCCAUGAUCAGAAAUCUUGGAAAAAUGACUUCCAUUGGCAUCCUGGAACCACUGACAGAUGAAGCAGAGAAAGUAUGUGAACAACUAAGAAAUGAACAAGUCUUGAAAGACUCUCGCAUCCACCCAUUCAAUGUUUUGAUAGCAUUGAAGCAGUAUGGAGUUGGUCAUGGUGACAAGGGAAGCCUGAAGUGGGAACCAAGCUCUAUGGUACAAUCAGCACUUGAUGAUGCCUUCUACUUGUCAUUUAAGAAUGUUGAGCCCACUAACAAGAGAUUCCUCUUGGCACUUGAUGUAAGUGGCUCCAUGUCAUGGGGAAGCUGCAAUGGUACUCCUGGCAUCUCACCYGCUGUAGCAUCYGCUGCCAUGGCAAUGACGACCGCUAGAACUGAGCCUAACCAUCAGAUUGUUGGGUUCUCUCACAAAAUGGUGGAGAUCAAGAUCAAAGCUAAGGAUAAACUGGAGACAGUGAUUCAAACUAUUUCUAAGGUCCCAAUGGGAGGAACAGACUGUGCUCAGCCAAUGAUCUAUGCUCUUGAGCACAAGAAGAAAGUUGAUGUUUUCAUUGUCUACACCGACUGUGAAACCUAUGCUGGAGUCAUCCACCCAAGYAAAGCCCUCCAGAACUACAGAGAGAAGAUGGGUAUUGACGCCAAACUGAUUGUYGUUGCUAUGACGUCAAAUGGCUUUACCUUAGCUGAUCCUGAUGACCGUGGCAUGYUAGAUAUUGCUGGCUUUGACUCAUCUGCUCCCAGCAUCAUCAGAGAGUUUGUAUUGGGAAACAUCUAGUUAUUUGAGCAGUUUAACAUUUUAAGCACCACACUUAUGCUUCAUGCAUGAGUUUUUCAAAUAUAACAGUACCACAACUCUAUAGUCAAUCGUCGUGAUUGGUCCACUGUUUGUACUGUCUAUUGUAUCUAGUAGACUCCUCCCCAGGCAACUCUGUUUUCCUCCUUUGGGCUUCCUUUGUAACCGUCAUCUUGUCCGUUUGGGACUAGUGACGAGAAAGGAAAAAUAAGCUUGGGAUGACCUACGUAGCAC